AUGCCUUCAACGACUCAGGCUGCUGUUCUUAAUGCUGUCAACUUCAUUCGCAAACUAUUCCCGCGUUCUCUCAGACGUUUCUUGUUCGCACUGCUAUCGAAAUGGAUCGGGUACGUCAAAGCAUGGCGUACGGGAAGGAAGGGACCUUCGGAUAGGACAGGAGACCGGGGGAGGAAAGCGAGUACAUAUCCCGGACCUCCCAUCAAGUCACACAACGAUGAAAGAGCGGUCGUCGUAUGUGGAAGUCGCAUACCUCCGAAUAUCUCAAUAACGACUCCGACACCCCGAGCCACUAUGGACUCGAGGGCACCCGGAAGUCCGGGUUCUCCUAUUUCACGUUCGUUUCCAGACCUCCACCGCACCGUCCUGGAAGGUGGCCCGCCUCCGAUCAGUAUAACAUUGCCGACGCCGAAAGCGACCAUGGAGGUAUCUCCGCGGUCGCCAGCAAGUCCGAUACCUCGCAGCUCGCAUUCAUCGCCUGACAUUCAUCGGGAACUGUUAGAGCGCUUGAGUGCCGAGGAUACGACACGUUACCGGUGGAGCAACCCUCUGGACUCGGGACAUUGGCGAUCGACUACUCCUGAAUCCAUUCAACUCACGGAAUCUGUACAGCAUGCCUUUUCUGUUGCGCCGCCCAUGGGUUCCCGAUCUUCUUCUCACAUGAGUUCGCUCUAUGUCUCCCAAGCGACCUCCAGAGCACCCUCGCGAGGGAGUUCGCGGGCAGGUUCACCGUCGGGGUCCGGCCGUCGCUCGAUGUUUGGUCGGGACAACCACUCCCAGUCUGGGCUUCCAUCUCGCCCUGUAUCUGUUGUUGGCUCCCAGGCUCAUUCAGCGUACCGCACGGCCCCACCGAAACCUCACGCCGCUGCCAUUAAACGGACACCAGCCGGCUCGAGAGAACAGCUUCAUGAUUCAUCCACCCCAACUAACGCAUCUGGGAGGAACCUUCCAGACGGGUCGGUGAUUGUACCACCACGCAGCCAUAUAUCUCUCGAACAAGCACAACCAAAGCCCAUCAGCCCGACCAAUGUUGCGAGAUAUGCCCGGAACGUAGAGAUUAAGAAGCGUUCCGAAGACUUUACCUUUCACAUCCAGGUGCAACACCGACAUACCGACCCUAAGGAUUUAUAUAACGUCCCGGAAGGAUGGACAGCUUGUGAGCAUCCGGAAGGUGCCCUGUAUUUCUUCCACGAGACAAAGGCCAUCGAGUAUAUGAUCGAGUCCAGUGGCUUACAGAGGGAUCCCGCCGACGAACUGGCUUUGGAGUUACUCGAAGAUGAAGACGGCAAUCAGACGUGCGGGUACUACUUCGCGGAUACUACGCGAAAGACCUUAUUCUGGCUAGAAGAAAUAAAAGCUACUGAAUCCAUGCUGGUGGAGAUUGAGGGCCCUACAUGGCAGUCUCAUAUCAGACACGAACUCGAGUCGCGCUACUGGUACCAAAUUUCUACGAUCCGAUUGUCGCACUGUGAAAUGUUCCCCUGCCAUCGCACGGUCCCAGAUGACACCCUACAAGAACUUCUUGGCACGCUAAUUCACGGAUCCAUAGACUCUCUCACGUCCAGCUAUUCCACAUUCCCCUGGAGCCAUACUGACGGCAGUGAAAUGCUCAAGAUAAUCAAGGGUCUUAAAGGGCAACAGGCUUGGGCCCUUGCGGCGGCCGUCCGGCUUGCGUCGUUAAAAGGCGCGCGUUUGGCGGCAAACCAGCCUAUCUACGGGAAACCCGAAUUUCCUAGGUCGUGGCGAUUCCGGCUGCUAUCGCCACUCCUGUUCUAUGCCCCCCGAAUGCACCUGGAGCAGCUGGAGAAGAUCUGGGUGGACCAGGUCAUCCACUAUGUGCUCUGGCAGAAGGCGAUAGACAAGCUCCAGGAGGAAUGGGAGAACCUGUCGCUGACGACAACCGUCAUGCUUACCGUCGAUGUAUCGUUCUUGGCUAUCCAGAGUGUCGACGUUGGCUCCGCUACACCCAACCAGAGGUGUGCGGCCCAAAUAGCCAUAUACUUCUCAACCGUCGCGAGCGUAGGCAGCAUCAUUCUUGGCCUGCUGCUCAAUCGACAUCAUCGGGUCAUAUCUCGAGACGAUGCUGAGGUCGCGCAACAAUAUCUAUGGAGCAAGUGUCACGAGUCCCGGGGCUUGGAGACACUCGCCAUUAUGUAUAGUCUUCCGUAUGCUUUGCUCAUGUGGGCGAUGGUGACGUUUCUAGUAUCGUUGUCCGGGCUCUGCUUCUCCGUAAACCCAGACGUCAGCGCAACAAGCACCGCGACACGCGUCCCCAUCGGUGUGGCCUGGAUAUUCGUCUUGACACUGAUUGCGUGGUUUCUGUAUACCGACUGGGAAGGCGGCAACCACCCUGCGCUUGCACGGCUGCUGGAGCGGGUAGGGGAGUUCAGACAUAAAUUGUUUAGCCACGUUUCUAAAAGGCGAGAUCAGUCGCCAGUGAACUUGACAAAGUUACGCCAGUUGUGUAGCCUCCAAAAGACACCCCUCACCAGUGGUACAGAUGUAGGCAAUGCUAGCGGAUCUCAGACAGUGUAGUGUCCACUGUAUCUAUAGCCGUACAGAGGGGGAAGCGAUGCCCAUUGGGAGGCUCCUGAACGUUGCAUUUCUUAGCAAGAGCAGAGCAUGUAAUAUAGCCC